AUGGGUCUUUGCGGAGGGAAGUCGGCCGGUCCAGCACAAAGCCCACCGCCAAAGACAAGAGAUUCCAGCGCCAUCAAGAAAGAAGUCAAGGAUGGUGGAAUCGGCUAUGCGCAGUUCAUCAUCGAGAACACGGGCAAGAUCACAGAACACUACCAGUUGGACAAGAAAAAGCUCGGAGAGGGUUCCUAUGGCUCAGUCACCAAGGCUACCAACAUCUCCACCAAGGCCAUCAGAGCAGUCAAGACAAUAUCAAAGACUCAGAUGAAAAACAUUGAGCGUUUCAAGCAGGAGAUUGCCAUCAUGAAGAUGAUGGAUCAUCCGAACAUCAUCAAACUGUAUGAGUCGUUUGAGGAUAUCAGGAACAUUUACCUCGUCAUGGAGCUGUGCGCCGGUGGCGAGCUUUUUGAUCGGAUCAUUGAGUCUGGCCAUUUCUCGGAGGUCCAAGCAGCUAUACUGAUGCAGCAGAUCAUCCGUGCGAUCUACUACAUGCACGAGAACCACAUUUGCCAUCGUGACCUAAAGCCAGAGAAUUUCCUUUUCAUGACCAAGGAUCCCAUUGAGAAAAACUUUCUCAAGAUCAUUGAUUUUGGACUCUCUUGCAAGUUCAGCCCGGACCAGGCUCUCACAACGAAAGCUGGGACGCCUUACUACGUGGCGCCGCAGGUCCUAGCUGGCAAGUACGACCAGCAGUGUGAUAUCUGGAGCUGUGGUGUGAUCAUGUAUGUGCUGCUGUGUGGAUAUCCGCCUUUUUUCGGUGACACUGAUGCAGACGUACUUGCAAAGGUCCGACUCGGCAACUUCAACUUCAAUCCGGCAGACUGGAAGAACGUGUCUGACGACGCGAAAAACCUAAUCCGGUGGAUGUUGAAGAUGAAUCCUCGUGACCGAUAUACAGCUGAGCGGCUUGGCAACAACUGGCUGUCGCCGGUGUCAGGCGUUGGAGCGUGUAGGAUACGUACGUAG